GAACAACGAAGAGGAGUUCCUGCCAGCCAUUUUCCCUGCUUUCUUCCGCUCAGUUUUCCUUCUUUUUCAAUUGUAGCCUGCUUAGACGCCUGGUGACUCUCAUCUCCCAGCAGGCCACGCUGCUGGCGUCCAACGAAGCCUUUAAAAAGCAGGCGGAGAGUGCUAGUGAGGCGGCCAAGAAGUACAUGGAAGAGAAUGACCAGCUGAAGAAGGAAGCUGCUGUUGGCGGGGUGAAGUCGGACGGUAGGGAUGCCGAGAAGAAGGUGGAAGAAGAGAACAGGAGCCUGAAGGCUGAUGUGAAGAAGCUGAAGGACGAGCUGGACGUCAACAAGCAAAAAUUAGAGAAGGCUGAAAACGAGGCUCUGGCCAUGCGGAAGCAGUCCGAGGGCCUGACCAAGGAGUACGACCGCCUGUUGGAGGAGCACGCGAAAUUACAGGCAGCAGUAGACGGCCCCACGGACAAGAAGGAGGAGUGAGCCUGCUCCUCCCCGCCUGCUACCUGGCCUGUGCCCGCUGCUGCCUGCACCCUGGCCUCCCGGGUACUUCGGCUCGCCCCCUCCCGCUUCCCGCCCCCUUGCGCACCUCGCAGUUGGCGCUGUCCCGGCGUACUGCAGGGGACCCGGUUGCCGCCCACUCAGGAUGAGUUUGCGAACGUCCUGGCCAGCCAGGCAUGAGGCAGGCAUUGCUUCCCACUGAGUUGAGCCGUUUUUUGUGUUGCGUGUUGUUUGGGGCUCCAGGGCCCCUUUUCUCUGGUCCUGCUGGAGGGUCGAUGGAGCAGGCCUAGUAGAGUUUCUCUUGGGGGCAAUAAAGGUUGUUAUCACGUGA